AAAAAAAAUUGAGAGCAAAAAGGAAACGAAUUAUGGAAGAGAUUAGGAAGGAUCCGCUAGUUCCGGCUGUGAAACCCGAUCCGAGAACCUCCUCCAUCGGAGAAGGCCCCAACCGCCGCCACGAAAACGACGAAGGAGGAAGCGGUGGUUUGGAGAUUGGAGCUCCGGAUCUGGAUAAGGACUUGCUCUGUCCGAUUUGUAUGCAGGUUAUAAAGGACGCUUUCCUCACGGCGUGUGGACACAGCUUCUGCUACAUGUGCAUCAUCACGCACCUUAAGAACAAGAGCGAUUGUCCCUGUUGUAGCCAGCACCUCACAAAUAAGCAGCUUUACCCUAAUUUCUUACUCGAUAAGCUGUUGAAGAAAACUUCAGCUCGGCAUGUGUCGAAAACGGCAUCGCCUUUGGAUCAGUUUCGGGACGCAUUACAACGGGUCGGUUCUUGACAAGCCUUUGUAUUUCAC